CUAAAAUACAUAAUGAGUAUUAUAAACAACCAAUUAUAAAUAGAGAUAUAAUCAACAUGUCUCAAUUAUUAGAGAUAGCCCAAGGUACCAAGACAAACAAAGUUGCUAUGGGAAGUACCACAUUGGAUGAUGAAAUUGCCAUGGAAACUGCCAUAUUAAGUGAUGAAAUUUCUCACGAAACCACAUUAGAUGUUGAUGCCAUUGAAACUGCAUUGGAUGAGAGUGAAUUUGAUUUAACAAACUCUUCUUCACUACCUUCUCCCUCCAUGAAUAAAACACUUUCGACUUCAAAUACAAAUGUUAAAAGGACACGUCUUAUCGAUAUGGAUUUAGGAUACGUUCCAAGGAAAAGCUGGACGACUCCAGAAAAACAAAAUGCGCGUGACUUAUUUGCAAACUGUAUUGAAAGCAAUGUAUUGCCGUCUCUGAAGGACUGUAAAAUUGCACAGCAAAAUAAUAUACACCUGAAAAAUAGGAGCCCUCAGCAGUUGCGAUUAUGGAUUCAUAAUGAAAUUAACAAAAAAAAAGAGACCCAAUGCAGCGAAAGGUUGGACUGAUACAGAAAAGAAAAUAAUAAACGAAGUUUUUCAAGAGUAUAUUAAACCAGGAUGUUCAAACUAUCCUAGCACCACAGAAAUUAUGGAAGUUAUUUCAACUUACAAGGAAAUACAACAUAGAACACCUACAAUAAUUAAAAGUCGAAUUCAAUAUUUAAAAAACUGGCAUUGAGAGAUUUAAAUUUGAUUUGAAUCAAGGCAGGAACCAAAUCCCUGUAAAAUUGAUGGUGUAUUUUUAAUUUUGUUAGCGUAUUUUUUAUGAUUGGCUAUUAUAAAAUAAUUUUCGUAGUUUCACUGUUACCGUGUUAAUCUAAAUUAAGGCAUAGGAUAUAUACUUGUAUGAAUAUUUUAUAUAUUUGUUUAUUUAAUAUUAUA